AUAGAGUGGUAAGUACUUCUUCACACCUAAUUAGAGGUCUCGGAUUUGGUAAUGCACUAUAUAAGUAUUUGAACGGGACAACAAUUGCUACUUCACAGAUAGGCUGGUUGAUAUUGGUAUCCAACUCAAAAUCCAGUACGAAUUUAAUCCCGUUAAUUGCUUCACGUCUAUCCCAGUUCCGUGAACAUUCUCCAUCAAUGGAUUCUAGCUACAUUGACCUGCAGUUUCUUCAGGGCAAAACCAUUUUCAUCACUGGAGUAACGGGCUACCUAGCAAAGAUUCUGUCCGAGAAAAUACUCAGAGUCCAACCAAAUGUGAGGAAGCUCUACUUACUAAUUAGAGCUACAGAUUCAGAUUCUGCUAAACAACGCUUUAACAACGAGGUUCUGAAAACAGAUCUGUUCAGAGUUCUAAGGGAGAAGUUGGGCGCCAACCUGCAGGGCUUUAUACAAGACAAGGUUUUCCCAGUUCCUGGAGAUAUAGCCUGUGAUAGUUUGGGGAUAAAUUCUGAGCUGAAAGAUGACAUGUGCAGAGAAAUUGACAUAAUUGUAAACACUGCUGCAACAACUAGAUUUGAUGAAAGAUACGAUACUGCUAUAGGUAUCAAUGUAUUUGGUGCCAUGCAUGUUGUCGAAUUCUCCAAGCAGUGUUCAAAGCUAAAGAUGCUUCUCCAUGUAAGCACAGCCUAUGUUUGUGGGGAAAAGGCAGGACUGAUACUAGAGAAGCCAUUGAACUAUGGCGAGACACUUAAUGGAGGCUCUCGCUUAGACAUAGACGCAGAGAAAAAAUUGGCAGAGGAGACACUAAAGGGCCUUCAAGAUAGGAAUGCCACUGAAAAAGAAACAACUGUAGCUAUGAGAGUUCUAGGUAUUGAGAGGGCAAGGCUACAUGGAUGGCCAAACACAUACUCAUUCACAAAAGCAAUGGGAGAGAUGCUCCUGGGGCACCUCAAGGAGGAUCUCCAACUCAUAAUCCUAAGGCCAACAAUUAUAUUGAGCACUUAUAAGGAGCCAUUCCCAGGAUGGAUUGAAGGAUUCAAAACUGUGGACGCCUUCAUUGUUAACUAUGGUAAAGGAAAGCUUAAUGUUGGAAUGUGUGACAGAGGAUCAAUAAUAGAUGUGAUUCCAGCUGAUAUGGUUGUGAACACAGUCAUUGCGGCUAUGGCUGUCCAUCAGAAUCCAUCUUCACAUACAGUUGUUUACCACAGUAGCUCCUCUAGGAGGAACCAACUACUAGUUGGUGAUAUCACACAGUUUUUCGUUGAUUACUUCAAGAAAUUCCCGUGGAUUGACGAAAGAGGAAAUCCAGUCAAAGUGAAGGAAUUUCGUUUCCUGAAUAGCAUGGCUAACCUUCACAAAUACAUAGCAAUCCGCUACAUGCCAUUAUUAAAGAUAGUAAAGUGGGCAAACUUGAUACUUUGCCAACAUUUGCAAGCCCAUCACUCAAACUUAGAAAGAAGGAUCAAUCACUUCAUUCGACUAGCUGAACUCUACAAACCUUAUGUGUUCUUCAAAGGAGUUUUCGAUGAUACCAAUACUGAAAUGUUGCGAAUGGCAAUAAGAGAAAGCAAUGCAGACGAUACACUUAAUUUUGAUCCAACAACCAUUCAGUGGGAAAAAUACUUCAAGGAAACUCAUAUUCCGGGAUUAGUGAAGUACAUUUUCUAAGAAAGCAGAAUUAUGUGAAUGAAUAAAAAGCUGUGUUGCUGGUUAAAAUUUUAUUAUGUUGUUUAAAAUCAGUUCAAGAUAAUAUUAGCAGUAUUAUAUGUAGACUGUAGUUAUAUUCUUCUGAUGCUAUUCGAGUAUUAUAUGUAAUAAUAUUGAAGGACAAGUUUUGUUGUUUCAAACUCUUCCAUAGAAGUGUUGAGAUGUUCCUCAGUGUUAUGAAUUUAACCAAGAUGGAGGUUCUAUUUGCAAAGAUGUCAAAUUACAUUUGGGACGCCGGGAAGAUGUCCAUAUAUAGUAGAGGAAUAUAAUCUAUUUGGGCUCACGUUAUGAAGUUGUCUUUUAUUUUCUUAGUUAAGAUUUUAGCAUUCUGGAAUUUCCCUUUUCUAUUUUUCUUUUGUUUCUAUGAUGAAUUCGUAUUUCAAUGUAUGUGAAUAUGGUUCUCCUUGUCAAUAUGAUUCCCCAUCGUUACACUCAGCUUCUUUCAUGUAAUUCUCAGCUUCUUCAACUUCCUUUUCUUGUUCCAAUUCCAUGGCUGCCCAUGCCUCGGUUAGCCUCCACUUCAAACAGCUUCAUCAGAUCAUCUUCUAUGGUGCAAGGAUCUAAGUUCUUGUCACAGAGUGCCUGCUCUGAAAGAAUGGCGAAUUGAGCAAAAAGCUCACUAAAUCUAUCCAGUUAUACAUUGAAUAAGCUGGUAUCAUACACCCACCGAGGGCUCCACCGGUAAGCUGAGUCCCAUGCAUCAAUCUACCUGAGGAUGUCAAUAUCAAGAAGUUCUUCCAUAAACAUCCAGAAUCUAAGCACGAGGAUGCUAUCAAAUGCCUUCACUGAGGAUUUAUUACAAGCAAAUAAAGGAGAACUCUGAAAGUACAUGAGAAUCCAAGAAUAACUUCAUGGCCAGAAAUAUACACAAAAUAUACACUAUCAGUGUAAUAUUUUAUGUCUAUUUCCCCUUCAAAUUGUAAACCAUUCAAUGAUUCAUCUUACAAGAGCGUGAACUAAUGUUGACGAGAGAUAAGGGGCACUAGCAUUCAUGCGAUUUCAAUUUUCUUUUUAGUAAACAAUAAAUUUAUGAUUUAAUUGGCCACAUCGAAUCAGCAUCAUUAUAAGUAAGACUACCCACAUGAUUGUCCCUGCAGAGGAUGGGGAUUGAUGGCUAUCCUUGACAAAAUGCAACACUUAUUGGCCCCACUUCAUCACCCUUCAAUAUAUUUUCAUUAUUCACAAAUUUACACUCUGUCAUUUUUGUUUCACACGGUGUUCAGUGCUAUUUCUAUGUGGAGAAAUUCUAUGUUGGAGAUAAAAGCGCUCAAUUUUCAAAGCUCGGGUCGAACUUAAAAUUUCUGAUUAAUAAUGAAAAAAAAUAUUACGACUAGUAAAAAUGUACAGUUGUAUAAAAUUGUUGGUGUGCUUUCAAGGGCCCUCAUCUACCAUUUCUUUACCAAAUUGGUGUUCCUGUUACUAUAUACUUUUCCAAUCAUCAAAGGAACAAAUUCCCUCAUCACUGAAAUCCUGAACACCCAUUUUUCUCCAUUACCAAAUUCACUGAAAAAAAGAAUGGAGGCUCUUUUUGCUGAAUUCGCCAUUCUUUCAGAGCAGGCACUCUGUAACAAGAACUUCGAUCCUUACACUAUAGAAGAUGAUCUGAUGAAGCUGUUUGAAGUGGAGGCUUACAAGGCAUGGGCAGCCAUGGAAUUGGAACAGGAAAAGGAAGUCGAAGAAGCUGAGAAUUACAUGAAAGAAGCUGAGGAACAUCUCAACACUGCUAUGGAAGAUGCCAUGGAAGAAUUCCGACGUUUCGAAGAGGAAAUGAAUGAGAUGGCUAAAUCUGAGUAUGAUAGUCUUGUUGGCGUUGCUGAAAGAGCUAGAAAUAUGGGAAAGACUAUGGAGAAAAUGGCUACUAUUGCUGCCAAAAAGUAUAUUGAAAGUGCUGUUAACUCUGCUGGUGCUUCUAUGAAAUCUGCUAUUAGAGCCAUUUCUUCUCAAUCUAAAAAGGUUCAUCCUUCUUAACACAUCUUUCACUAAUAUCUGUUUCUUCGAUUUGGACUACACUUGUUAAACUGUGUGUAAGAUUCAUGUUGUUACACCUCUGAAUUUUAGUGGAUUAUAAAUGCAUAAUAAUUAUCAGAUCUUUGGAACAAA